UUGUUGUAGUAUCUUCCGGUGCCUUCCGCUUGGGGUGUCGCUCGCACCUAGCCAGGUGGUAGGGGUUGAGCACCGAGAGGGUCGCGCCGCCGCGGGCGGGAGGCGCCGUCAUGCCCCGCUAUUACGAGGACAAGCCGGAGGGCGGCGCGUGCACGGGCGUGAAGGAGGACCUGGGCGCCUGUCUGCUGCAGUCGGACUGUGUGCUCCAGGAAGGAAAAUCUCCUCGGCAGUGUUUGAAGGAAGGAUACUGCAAAGCUUUGAAGUAUUCAUUUUUUGAGUGUAAAAGAUCAAUGUUGGAUGCCAGAUCAAGAUUCAGAGGAAGAAAAGGAUAUUGAUACCAUUACAUUGAAAGCAAGAUGAAAACACCAAAGGAUUUUUCCACAGAAAAGCCACAAUAGGAAAUAAUUUUUGCUAYAUCUGUUUGGUUGAACCAGUUUUCCCUCCAUGGAACGCUGGAGAAAUUGGAUGAAUUUUGGUUUUGAAUAUGUAUAAAGCAAAUGCUUCUCUGAAUCUAAGUUAUUUUUAGAAGAUAAGUUUAAUUGAACACUUAUAGGCCUGGAAUAUAAUGUGUUUUGAGAUUUUUCCUAAAGUACAAGAAAUGGAAAAACUGUUAUUUUCAAACCUGACUCUUUAAUCAUAUUACACCAUUUAUACAUCUGGAAGGGACCAAUGUGACACUGGAGGCUGUCCACARGAUGUUUAUUGAGAAAGUUUAUUUAAUCUAUCCUAUUUAGUUCUAGAAUAAAUUGGUUCCUUGGAGAAGAAAUGCUUUAUUUGCAUUGAUUCACUGAGGCUGAAGUAAAACCUCAGAACUUUGAAAUCUGCCAUGGGGCCUAGCUGGAUCCCAAGCCCCACACAGUGUUGCCAAGGACUCUUCUAUCUCUGACAGAUUUUCCCUUUCCUGGUUUCAUUUUUAGGGUGGCCCUCUCCACAUACAGGACCAGUAUCAGCUAUAAGCUCACAUCCUUAAGGUCUGUUAUUCAAAAAGGAGAGAGUGAAUUUCCCUUUCCAAGGUCCACAAAUCAAAUCCUACUGAAGAACUCUGGUCUUCACUGGGUCACCCGCACUGUGGCUGACCACUCCCAGCAGAAUCCCAGUAGUGGAAUGGCAGGCCUCUUCCCUGAAGGAAAGGGGGAUUUUGAGUACAUGGAAACAACCGGUGUGUACUGUAGACAGCAGAUACAGAAAACAUGAAGUGCAAGUUUCAGAUUAUGGUAAUUUUAUCAGGAUCACUUAAUACAGAAGAGAGCCAAAACCUUUAAAUAAAACUUUAGGUUCACCUAAAGUUGUGAGAAUUCCCCAAAAUGCCACUGGAGUCUGCUGUGUAUGCUGCUUUUCACUGGGGAAGGGAAGGUGGUGGAUUUCUUCAGUGACUCCUUAUACCUGUUUAAGUGCUACAACUUUCUUGGUUAUUGCAGUGCUGGGCUGGGCCUCAAGGCUACCCACCCCCCACAGUGCUACAACUUCUAUUAAAUGUAAUUCUGAUAAACUCUUUAAGGAGUAUUUUAUAAAACCUUUGUUGAAUAACAGCUUUAAUGGAGAAGUUCAUAUGCCACAAAAUUCACCCUUACACCAUUUCCACUUGGUAGUUUUUAGUGUAUGCAUAGUGUGUGCAGCCAUUACCACUAUCUCUUCCAAAACUUUCCUCCACUCCAGAGAAACACAUACAUACCAGUUAGAUCUCCCUUACUCCCCUUCCCUCAGCAACUACUGAUACACUGCUGGUCUCCACAAGCUGCUCUAUCCAGAACCUGUUAUAUAAAUGGAAUUAUAUAAUAUGUGGCCUUCCGUGCCUUUUUAUUUCACUUACCAUAAUAUUUCCAAGGUUCAUCUGUGUGCAGUAUCUAUCUCCUCACAUCCAGUGGUGCAGGUGGUGCCACAUUUUAUUUAUCCAUUCAUCAGCUGAUGAACUAGGUUGUUUCCAUUUUGUGUCACUGUGACUAAUGCUGUGAGCAUCUCUGAACAAGUUUUGCAUGGACAUGUUUCAUUUCUUUUUGAGUAUAUAACUCAGAGUGGAAUUACAAUAUUGUAUGAGAACUCCAACUUUAGCAUUUUGAUGAACUGUCACAAUUCUCCCCAGUGGCUGCACUACCCUUUUACAUAUUCAGCAAUCUCCACAUCAUCUCCAACAGUUGUUGCUAUUUAUUUUGAUUACAGCCAUUCUACUGAGUAUGAAGUAGUAUCCAACUGGGAUUUUGAUUUGCAUUUCCUGAAUGGCUAAUGAUUUGGGCAUGUUUUCCUGUGUUUAUUGGCCAUCUGUAUGUUAUCUUAAGAGAAAUGUCUAUUCA